CUGCUGCAGGAGCUGCUGCAGCGAAAGAAGCCGGCGAGACUCCUUCUGCUGCAGCUCCAGCUGCUGCUGCAGCAGCAGCUGCUGCUGCUACUGCUGCUGCACCUGCUGCUGCGGGAAAGGUUCCCCGCCUGGGUCUUGCUGCUGCAGUGCAGCAGGAAGCAGCAGCUCCGGCGUGUGGAUACACCGCAGAAUUUGCAUCAGCACCAUCUCUUCUAGAGUCUUCUCCUGCUGCUCGCGCUGCAGCAGCAGGAGCAGCAGGAGCAGCAGGAGUAGCAGCAGCAGAAGGCUCACCUGCAUCUCAGGCAACUGGAGAAGACACCCGCUCUGCUGCAACAAACCGAACAUGCAGCCCUUAUUUGCUGCGCAGUCCAUUAGAGAAGGAGCGGCAGCAGCAGCAGCAGCAGCGUGCUUACAAACCCCCUCGAGGCAACGCUGCAGCACAAGCAGCACCAACACGCACCCGCAGCAGACAGCUGCUGCAGCAGCUAGAUGCAGCAGGGAGGUACUGGACGAGGCGCUGCUUCACGCAGCCUUUCACGCAGCAGCAGCCGCAGCAGCAGCAGCAGCAGCAGGAAGCAAGUGCACAGGGAGACGAGCUGCAGCAGCAGCAGCAGCAGCAGCCUCUGCGCAGCAGCACAGCAACAGAAGAUGCAGUUCCGUACGGGGUUUUGCUGCCGUCUCCCCGCUACAGCAGAAGAAGCAGCGAUGAAAGCAGCAGCAGCAGCAGCAGCAGCAGCAGCAGCAACAGUAACAGGCAUUACAAUAACUUCGCUGCGACCCCUCAGGUGCUGUUUAUGAGUAGGCCCCACGCAGCCACCCUUCCAUCGGAUGCUGCUGCUGCUGCUGCUGCUGCUGCUGCUGCAACCCCUCUAGCAGGUCUUGCUGCAGCACCGUCUAAGCUAAGCAGCUAUAAAGAAGCUCUCUUGGCUGCUAGCAAGAGAGAGAAGCAAAGAAAAAGCAGAAGACAAAGACAGGCAAAGAAUGAAGAAGCAAAACAAACACAGCUUCAAGAGCUACCCACUGGGGCCUACGCGCUGCUGCCUGAUGUACCCUGA